UUCCUCCACCCACACAGAAAGGAAAGAAAAAGGAAAAAGGAAAUCUACCCAUUAAGCAUUUUCUCUCCACUAGCUAAAGCUACCGAGAGAUAUGGCUCAAGAAUGCUGUGAGAGCUCUGUGGCUAUUUCUUCCUGUACGCCUUCUUCUGCUGCUGCUGCUGGCUGGUGGGAUGUUCACCAUGCAUGCUCUCUCUCUUCAUGGACUAAUAAUAGUAGCUGCAGCCCAUGGCACCAGCAGCAGCCAAACCCUAGUUCCAACUCCUCUUGUGAAGAGGAUGUUUCCAUAUCUACAUCUUUUACUAAUGCUUCUAAUCACUCCGGGCUAACUGUUGAGUCCUCUCGCCGACUCGUUGAACCUGCUGCUUCUUCUCCGAGCGAAUUCAUGGCAGAACAUGCUUCUGAUAGUCAACUAUGGAGUCAUAUUCUUUUUGGAGUUGGAAGCAAUAAUGGAGAUCUUCACAACAUCCAAGAUGUCGGAGAAAACUUACUUGAUGCACUAUCAUCCAAGAGUAUCUCAACAGGGAUAUUCGAACCUGCAUGUGACUACUUAAAGAAAAUGGAGAAUAACAACUGGGAAUUCACAAACUCCCCUUCCUUUAACACCUUUGAGCAUAAGCAUGUAAACGGCUUUAGCACUGAUCAUCUCAGCUCGAUCGAAAGUGAAAGGGUGACCAAGCUAUCCAACUUGGUUAACAACUGGACUAUUGCUCCACCUGAUCCAGGAGUCGCAGUUAGCCACGAGACAAUCGAUCCAAUAGCAUGCAACAUAUCGUUGGGUUCUACUGUAAAUCACUACUCUCAGCCACAAACUUACAGCGACUCUGCGUCGUGUGGGACGGAAAUACUGAACACAAAAUCUGGUUUUUUGUCGUGUUAUGAUGGCCAUGAUAUAAAGCUAGAAGAUGAACGCCGCCAUGUUGAAUCGCCGGGGUAUAUCUUUAGAAGGUCGUUUAAUAAUUGUAAUGGUGUUGGAUAUGAUAUCGGCCUGAGUAGCGGCUCGGUGGUCGCCGAUAAUAGCAAAUACUAUUAUGGAGUGCCGAAUAACACAUGCGCAAGUGCAAGAAAUUUCACUGAUGUAGCUUUUAACGGUCGAUUUAACAAGCCAAUGAUCGAUAUUCAAGGGAAUACACCCUGCUUUAAAUCUUUGAAUUCAUCCGAUUGCAGAAAGCAAAGGGGUCAAACUUCUUUACCGCAGGGAAGAGGAAAAGGGAGUACAAGUGAAACAAAGAAGAAAAGAUCCUUUGACACUUCUCCGGCGGUCCUUAAAAAGCCUAAGCAUGAAAGCUCCACAGUUUCAUCCGCAAAGAUGCAGGUACCAAAAGUCAAGCUUGGGGACAGAAUCUCAGCUCUUCAACAAAUUGUGUCGCCAUUUGGAAAGACUGAUACAGCAUCUGUGCUGCUAGAAGCAAUUCAGUAUAUCAAGUUCCUGCAAGAGCAAGUGCAGCUUUUGAGUAAUCCUUACAUGAAGAACAAUUCACACAAGGAUCCAUGGGGAGGCUUGGAAAAGAAAGACAAGGGAGAUCUAAAACUUGAUCUCAGGAGCAGAGGUCUAAGUUUAGUUCCUAUUUCAUGUACACCUCAAGUUUACCAGGAGAACACAGGAUCAGAUUACUGGACACCCACAUAUAGAUCAGGAUGCCUGUAUAGAUGAAAUAAUUAAUGAAUUCAUAAUUUUAAUGUGGCUUUUUUUUUUAUGUUAAUUUCUUCCCAUGUAACUUCAUAAGCAUGAUAGAUAAGUUGCUCAGAGAAAAUGUAAAAACUUUUUUUAAUAUAAUCGAUUUCGGUUAGAAUUUAAAUUUAAAAUUUUAUAAUC